AUGUUAUCCCUCACGAUCCCGAAGCUUGCAGAUGAGCUUUUCUUGCGACCCAUCGUGAUAUCGAUGAACAGUUUGGCCCUGUCGGCCCUGAUGUCAUAUGUGAUGUCCGCUAACGGACGUAUCGACUGGAGACCGAUGAUUGUCUGCGUCACGUCCGAUAUUCUUGCCAUUGGCGCUGACCAUCUUAAGGAUAAAGAAGAGGAGUUUUCGUUGGACCGCACAACCACCAACGACCCAUACCUCACCUGCGCUGUGCUCCUUGCAUUGGUACUAUCUCAGUGUCCAUUUUCAACGCUCCUCACCACGGCAAUGUUCGUCGUUCCUGCCUUGCUCUGGACCACUCCGAUCAGCUUCAAGAGUGACAGGCAUCAGCCUUCUACCUCUGCGCCUGUCCUGGUCAUCAAACGCAUUCCUGGCAUGAAAGCCAUUUUUAAUGGCAUCAUUCGAGGAUAUGGAUGCAAACCAAUACUCUUCAGGUGUGGCAUCUACGCUGUGGUUUUCUCCGUGUUGUCGGGAUCAGGCAAUCUCAUUAGCACGUUGCCGUCUCCAUGGAGCGUCGUUCAACUGAUAGUGUGGUCGACCGUCAAUCGGUCAUGCCACGCAAUCAUGACCGAUGUCCGGGUCCCCACUAUACCUGUCCUUCUCGGUUCAAUACUCAAAACCAAGGUCAUAUUGACGGUUUGUCAUAUGCUGGUUAUGUUGGCCUUCAUUGAAAACACAUACAUUAUGGGAAGCUGUCUAUUCGCUGCAGUUCUGGUGUGGAUACUGGGCAAAGACUCGCCAAAAAAGGCGUUCUUGUUUAGCUCCCAUUCGCAGUCCCUGUUUACUAUUUUGUAUUUGUUGACGAGGCAGUAUCCUCCGUUAUAA